AUGGACAUCGAUUCGGUUCCGUCGAUCGCCGCCGCCACGUGGCAUUUUGAGUUCAUUGAGGAAAACGUAUUCAGUGACUUUUGUCGAUGUCACACGGUUCAUUGGCGGUCACCGCGGCGGCCAGAGCACCGAUGUAGAUGGGUCGUCAAGGGCGAAGCGAAGCUUUCAGCUGACUUAACGGAGGAACGAAUCCACGGAUGCGCCGCACUCAAGGACCGAGACGUAAUGGAGACGAUCAACGGUGGCGUUCGCACGUACCUGGACGUGUUUCGUCACGGAUACAAUCUUUCCCGAAACGGUUAUUGCAUCGGCAGUCGACCUCCGAAUCACAUCUACAAGUGGCUCAGCUACGAAGAGGUGUAUGAGGUGAUGCAGGAGUUGGGCAGCGGCCUGGUUGCGUCUGGACUUGAGCCGGGUAAGCGGAACGGCAACAACGUACGAGCACGCAGGCAUUUGCGUUUGGCCGUCCCCCUUGCAGCCGAUGUAAUGUUUCGUUUAGACAACAACACGACCAUCGGUGUGUACAGUCAGAACAGACCCGAGUGGCUAUUGCUGGCUCUGAGCGCG